UGUCAGAUCGCACCACAGCAGAGCAGAUUCAUCAGUGUUCAGCAAAGUGAGAUUAGUGGUACUGGUGGCUUAAUAUUAAGGCGACGACCGAGAGUUUGAUCAUCGCGUAUAAUUUUUCUCAAGGUUUUUUCCUCUGAUUUUUCAAUUGCAAAAGUGCAAUUACUGGUGUGUACAGUGUCCGCGCGGGUCGUCGCAUUUUCCUGGCGUUCUAGUUUUCCGCUGGAGGAGCAGUGAGUGAAGGUGAUCAAGAGGAGCCGAAUUUGUUUUGGGUGUAGUCUCGUGGAUAAAGGAAAACGAAAGUCGAAGGAAUUGAGCGAAAAUGCAGGCCAUCAAGUGCGUCGUGGUUGGGGACGGUGCCGUCGGUAAGACCUGUCUUCUGAUCAGCUACACUACCAAUGCCUUCCCGGGAGAAUACAUUCCGACUGUGUUCGACAACUAUUCCGCCAACGUUAUGGUCGAUGGCAAACCAAUCAACCUGGGUCUGUGGGAUACGGCCGGUCAGGAGGAUUACGAUCGUCUCCGACCAUUGUCUUAUCCACAGACAGACGUGUUUCUCAUAUGCUUCUCACUGGUCAAUCCGGCGUCGUUCGAGAACGUCAGAGCCAAGUGGUACCCGGAGGUACGCCACCACUGUCCGAACAUACCGAUAAUCCUGGUCGGGACCAAGCUCGAUCUCCGAGAUGACAAAAACACCGUCGAUAAGCUACGUGAUAAGAAGCUAUCGCCGAUCACCUACCCACAGGGACUGGCCAUGGCCAAGGAGAUUGGCGCCGUCAAGUAUUUGGAAUGCUCGGCACUCACCCAGAAGGGCCUGAAAACCGUGUUCGACGAAGCGAUCCGAGCCGUCCUCUGCCCCAUCAUACCGGUGAAAAACAAACGUAAAUGUUCCAUUCUGUAAAUUGCAUGUCCCCCCACCAUCCAUCCCCGGUUCGAAAUCUUCCUCCAUCAGAAAAGCAAAAAAAAAAAAAAUUGUGGUAGUAACAACCAGCAAAAGCGAACAUCCCCCAGAACCCGUGUAGCCAUCAGGAAUCGUCCUCCUCCUUUUCCUUCAAUCAUUCAAACGAAAGAAAGAAAAGUUAAAACAGCAGACGGCAUUUCUUCGCAUUUGUGUGUUUUGUAAUUGUGCAUCAGAAAUCAAAGUCGAAAAAGCAAAACUAAAAAAAAAAAUUAGGAAACAUUACAGUGUAGAGUUACAAUUGUAAAGAAAACAGUAAACUCAACAACAACAACAAAAAGGGAAAGCCAAACUAAAUGGAGGAAGGUGGACAGCAGCUGGACCCAAACAACAAGCAACAACUACAACACCCAUUAAAUAGCAAGACACGAGACCGAUGAUCGGAGAGAUAUUUGUAUCACGCAGAGCCACGCGGGACGGGGGAAACCGAAAGAGAGAGAGAGAGCAAGAGACGGACGGACGGACGAAACGAGGUUGAUUAAAUGGAAAGAUUCACCGUUAUACAGAUGGCACACCUACACAGACCAAAACCACACAGAAAAGCAAAAGAUCAGUGUUACUCUGCUGCAGUUACUCUUCCUUUCUAUAAUAGUUUAGACCGACUAACCGGGAAAUAGUUUACCAUGCAAUUCUUUUUGCUGCCAAUGAAAACACAAUCCGACAGUUUAUUGAAACCACCCCUCAAUGCUAAAUCAACAGCGUCGUGCGCGACAUCAAAGAACGUGUGCGUAGUAGAGUUAUUGUAAGUGACAAAAUCAAAAAAAAAAAACCACACACAACAAUAAAUUUAAGCAAAACAAUGUCUAAGGAUUGGAAAAGAUGGAAAAUGGAGACGUGUUUAUUCUGUUUUUCUUUUUAAUUCUUUUUGUUCUUGUGAAGUAACAAAAGUGUAAGCGUUUAGUUUAUAUAACAUUCUAUUUUUUUGGUCUUUACUAAGUUUGUAGUAACACCGAUGUAACUACUAGAGAUGGGUUUCGGUUUUUCGAAGCGGAUAACACAAAUUAAACCAAUAGAAAAGAGGGGUUUAACAGGCAAAAUGGAUUCAAUCACACACUUUUCUUGUCUAGUGUAAAGAUUAUCUUUUACAGCUAAUAAUCCAUUAAUCAAAGAGAGUGUGUUGUUUUACUGGUAUGCUAGACGAAGAAGCGGGAGCAAACACACCGCCAACAGGAAGAAAUUAUUACACACACACACACAAAAACCAAGUAAAAGAAAAAAUAGCAUGUAACGUUACUGUAAUAAUUAUUGAUUAAAUGUUGUAACUGGAGAUUUUUCUUUUUGUUUGUCGCUAGCAAUGUUAGUUUCUACGCAAGAAAGGAAUUUUCUAAUCUAUCAAACAAAGUAAAAGAAGAAAUUUGUUUUUCUGAUGCAUCGAUAUAGGACGAACAAACAAAAAAUUAACACAAAUUGUACACAAACUGAAACGAACGAACGCUUUUUCCGUUUUGCGCGCCUGAUUUCGUCGAAUCAAAAAUUAAAAAAAAAAAAAUAUUAAAAGAAACGGGGAAGAACGAAAACGGACUCUUCCCCGAGUAGGAAUACCAAAAUCCAAUUCGGCCCUUAGAUGUUUUAACAAAGCGAGAAAUCAACUAUAAAUAAAUCUGUCGUAUUACUGACAAGAGAAGAUGGAAAAAUUUAUUGAUAUAACAUUUUUAAUGAGUAUAAAUAUUACUAUUAUUAUUGAGUAAUUAAUAAAAAAUGAAAAAUAAAAAAAACACUAGAGAAAAUCUAAA